CCAUUUGCAAGAGUGGAAAUUAGGGACGCUUCCGUUUCGGUAUUAUACCGUUAUAUUUAUUUCUUUUCUAGUGCUCAAACACCUUACACGGUAGGAAGUUAACAAUUUUAGGUAUUAGUGCAUUGCAUUCAAUAGUGUUUUGAGAAUUAACCAGCAAUUAAUUCCCUAAUACGAUAGUUUAAGUGUUUGGUGUAAAAGGUGGACAUUGAGAAUAUUCUGAUUUCUCCAAAUUUCGAACCCAAUAAAAACAUGGAAGAGCUUCUUCGAGAGUGGGAACUUGCCCAACUGAUUCCUAUCUUUCAAGAUAACGAUGUCACCUUAGAAAUUCUUCCGAAAUUAACGGAAAGUAUGAUAAAAGAAUUAAUUCCUAAUAUAGGGACACGAGUGAGAUUCAGCGAAUGUUCUAAAAAAUAUUUUGGAAUAGUGGAAACCCCCUUCUAUCAGGCUAAUAACAAUUUGGAGAAUUUUGAUAUAAGCUUUUCUGAGAUAAUUCCUGAGGAGAGAGAAGUAUCUGAAUCAACUGAAAGUACAACAUCAGUUGCAACAAGUUUAAAUUCUGAAGUAGUCAUUCCCCUUGAUAACAGGGAAAUAUCUUUCCAUUCUCAAGAACAGCUAGAUUCAUAUAAAAUAGUGUUUCCAGAGUUUGAUCUGAGAACAUUAUUGAUAACGUCUCCAUUAGGGAAUAGCAUACUAACUUUUUAUGAAUCUAAUAAAAUGCUGGAUAAUACAAGGAGAAAUAUUAUGGUAGAUAUCAUAAUGAAACAAAUGUUCAAGUACCAUGUAACUCAGUAAGUUAAAUUCGAUUUAAUUAUCUUCUUUUUGCUCGUUUGUUCUAGGGAACAAUGGGCGUUGUCGUUUUACCCAAACAGUGUUGAAUUUUCUGGGAGGAUUUUCAACAAAGUGAGGGUUGUCAAAAAUUUUUGAGCAGUAAGAAACAAAAUUAUACUAGAAUGAUUUACUGCAGCAGCUCUAACACUUUGUUUAGAUAUCAAUUACUUUUUAUACACGCACAUAUCCGAAGUGGGGCUUACAUUGGAUAUUUUCGAACUUUUUUUUCAAAGAGCAGAGAAUUUUCCUCCGGAGGGGUUUCGGUCAUCCUCAGAGGGAUUCAACAAUGACCCAAAUGUCUGUAAUUUUCGGAUUCAAGCCAAAAAUCGUUUUAGUCGAUUUUUCUCAACGAUGAAGAAUUUCUUGUCAAACUCAAUUCUAUUGGACCGACCAUCUGUCCGUUCGUUUAGUAUCAGAAUGUUGGUUUAAUUCGUGAAUGGGCAAAGCGGUCUGAAGAAAUACUUCUCCUUAGAACCAUUUAAAAUUUAUUUUUCGACCGAUGUGAAAUGUAGAAUGUCAUACAAUUGGGAAAUCAUAAAAUAGAUUUUAUCAAGCCUAGCUGCGUUAGGUCGAGUCCGUACCAGGAUGGGUGACCGUUUUGGUAAUGACCUUGAACAAGCGUGCUGAGGUUUUCCCUAAGCUAUUACGUCGAAUAUUAUGGUUCCCCGUAACACCUAACACAUUUGAAGUACUCAAUUAAAAGAAUAUCGAAAAAGCUAAUUAAAAUA